CCGCAGCAGAACACGCAUGACGUGACUCACGCGACGAGAUACUAAUAUUAAUGAAUAGUGGACAUCCAGAGCUGUACCACAGUUCCCUACACCCUACAGAACAGAAGGAGGAGCAGAAUCAGAGCUUUAUUCUGAGGUUGAGAGAAAGAGAAAGUUGUACAAGGACUGCAGUGACUCAAAACUACAAAACACCGGUCGCAGAUGUGACGAGGUUUAAAAACCCCGCCUAUUAUUAGCAGGAGAAGCUCGGCGUCAGCAGUAGCACAACACAACCACAACUGCCCAACGUCCAGCAGAUCGGAAAGCGGCGCGCCAUACCGCGCUCAGUGUUUAAUCACCUUAAAGGCCGUGGCAUGCUGAAACGUAACCUCUACAACUAUGGCAUCUUCAGGAAAUCUAACUGUCUGGACAUCAAGAGCAGUAAUAUCUAACUGCCGGAGUGACCGCUUGCAGUCUGGAGGGCUGGUGAGAGUGUCUGGGAUGGACCAGUUCGGACAAAUGGAGAGGAACAGCUCUGUUUGUGAAUCUGGAGUCUGGAGCUUUUCCGUUGGUUUGCUGUGCAACAUGCCAAAAGAAGCCGCGUCACUGACUCCAGCAGCUCUCAUGGGGAAAUACUGCAGCUUUACAGAUCAACAGACUGUUCCAAGAGGAUUGUCAAACUGGUGCAGCAACUUUACUGCGUUCCCUGCAUCCACUGCCCCAGAACAUGUCGUUGACCAACACAAAGACGGGCUUUUCAGUGAAGGACAUUUUGGACCUCCCUGACACUAACGAUGAGGAAGGAUCUAUCACUGGGACUGAGGAGGAUACGGAGGGCUCAGAGGCAGCAAAAACACCCGGAGUGCUGGUGCAAAGUCCGCUAGAGAACGUCCAAAACCUGCCUUUAAAGACCCCUUUUUAUGAUAACACUGACAAUCCUUACACCAGGUGGCUUGCAACUACAGACAGCAUCCAAUACUCAUUGCACGGGCUCUCCGCAAGUUCCCAAGACUCUUCUGCAAAGUCCCCGGAGCCCUCCGCGGACGAGUCUCCUGACAACGACAAGGAAACUUCGAGCAGCGGCAGCGACUCUGGUAAGAAGCGAAAAAGGAGGGUGCUCUUUUCCAAGGCGCAGACGUACGAACUCGAGCGCCGAUUCAGGCAGCAGCGGUACCUCUCGGCCCCCGAGAGGGAGCACCUCGCCAGUCUGAUCCGCCUGACGCCAACCCAAGUGAAAAUCUGGUUCCAGAACCACCGGUACAAAAUGAAGAGGGCUCGCGCGGAGAAAGGUAUGGAGGUGACCCACCUACCCUCCCCCCGGCGGGUGGCCGUACCUGUGUUAGUCAGGGAUGGCAAGCCGUGCCACACGCUAAAAGCUCAGGACUUGGCGGCCACCUUUCAGGCUGGCAUCCCCUUCUCGGCGUACAGCGCCCAGUCUCUCCAGCACAUGCAGUACAAUGCACAUUACAGCGCCGCCACCACGCCGCAGUUCCCCACGGCGCACCACCUGGUGCAAACGCAGCAGUGGACUUGGUGAGCCGUUAUGGACUCUGCCAGGGCUGCAUUUUAAAGACCUCGUUAGGGAGUUUUCCAAAACAAAACAACAGCAACAAUAGGAAAAAACGAGAAAAAAGUGAAAAAAGAAAAGAAAAGGACUUUCUGGUUUCGCAACUUGACCCAUUGUCACCGUUUUAUUUUCGGGGCUGAUGUGUGCGCCGUGUUUACAUGUUUUCGUCCAGAAAACCAGGUCCAGUCUAUCCCCCAGAUCUAAGAAUGUUAAAGCUCUUGUGAUAUUUUGUAAAAUAUGUUUGUGUGUUGUAGAAAUGUUUUUUUGUCCCUCGUGUUAUAAGCACGUUCAAGACCACUUUAUAAUUAUAGAAUUUUAUUUCUUGUUUUUUUUUCUCUCCAAAUAUAUUUAUAGCCAUGAAUAAAACAUUGGCAACUUUUAGUUUA